AUGACGCUAUUGUUACAAUCUCCCAUGGCUAAAGGUCGAACACAAUUAGUAGCAACUAUAACUAAAUAUUUAAUGACACAAUCCAAAGAUAUCAAGACCAAUGAGUGGGAUAUAAACAACUGGUUGCGUUGGAAAAGAAAGCAAGGAUCAGGAAUUGGCGAUGCUGCCGCUACCACCAGUAAUAAGGACAUCGUUGAUAGUUUCCCAGAGCCAGAUAGCGAAGAUAAUAAUAAUAACAAUAAACUUGGUGAUAUGAUCAGCACGGAAACUUCUGAGGUUUCAGAAACCAUCCAAGGGAAAUCCUGGUAUUUUUGGCCCAAUGGCUCGACACUGACAGUAAAGGAAUCGAUAAGUAUUGCCACACAAACCACAAGGUCAAAUACCCUAUAUACUGAGGAAAUAAGCUUAAAUAGCGAUAAUAUUAAGCCCGAUAUUUUACGAAGCACCACAGUCACUGAUAGCCAUAAUAUUUUGGUGCCAUCUUUUGAAGAAUCGUUGCCCAAGAACACGUACUAUAAUCAACUAUCAUCGUUAUUCAUAACCAUGCUGAGCAAAUUGGGUUACGAAGGAGGAUCGCAGAGAAAAAGUCAAUUGACAAGAAACGAUUGCCCUAAUACCAGUUUUAGUAAUGUUUUGAUCAUUGGGGUGCAUGGCUUCUUCCCAACAAAAUAUCUCAGGCCGUUAAUUGGGGAACCUACAGGAACGUCGAUAAAAUUUAUGUCAGAGGCAGAAAACGCAUUCAAGAUUUGGUUGAAGGAAAAUAAACAUUAUUUUGGGAAAAAAAAGAAAAUAAGACUAUCAAAAAUAGCGUUGGAGAAAGAGGGGAAAAUAUUCGAUAGGGUCAAGUAUUUUUAUGACGUUUUAUCCAAGCAUGAUUUGAACCAGUACGAUUUCAUUUAUAUCGCCGCUCAUUCGCAAGGUACCCCAGUAUCAAUCAUAUUGAUGGCCCAGCUACUAGAAAGCGGGCUAAUUUCAGACAUGAAUGGGAAACUAUUUGGGAUACUUGGAAUGGCAGGUAUUAGUAAUGGUCCUUUUUACGGAAUUAAUCAAAAGAUCUUUGUCAGGGCUUAUUCCAAAAUUGAAAGCGACUCUAUGUUAGAGUUGUUUGAAUUCCAGGAUUUCAACUCUAUUCAAUCAGUGAAGUAUUUACAAAGCUUGAAGAUUUUGUUGAGUAAUAAUGUUCGGAUUGCGUUUGUGGGGUCUAUAGAUGAUCAAUUGGUGCCACUUUAUUCCUCUGUUUGUUCACAUAUACAACAUCCAAAUAUCUUUAGGUCUAUUUAUAUAGACAAGGAUACAGAAACCCCGAAUUUCUUGAUGAAAAUUUUGAAUUGUGCGCUUUUGUUAAAGAACAUGGGGCUCAACGAUCAUGGAAUCAUCAAGGAAAUAUCUAAUGCGUUAGCGGGACCUUUGACAGGGGGUGGUCAUUCCAAAAUCUAUAAUGAGUUCAAGGUGUAUGAAUCAGGGAUACGGUUUUUCCUUUACUCUAAUCCAAAAAGAGGGGUUGAGGAUACACCAGUAGUGUUUAAACCGUUUGAGGUUGAAAAACUUGGGUCCAACCCUUACUAUUUACCAUUUUGUCUUCGAGGGUUAAUGUACGAAUCUUCUGCCAAUAUUGAAAACGGCGAAAGGUACGUUGAGUUGAUGCUCAAAGAGUUUGAUGAUUGGAAUCCAAAUACUAAGGUUUUGAAGGAUAUUAAGUACAGGCUUAGUGCGAUGAAAGCGAAAUUGUGA